GAGAGAAACACAACGAAUCUCAACCACCCAUCCACCCUUCCUUCCAUCGCUAUCUUUUUCAAUUUCCAAAUUCACUCUAUUGAAUUAUCAUCAAUCAAUAGUUACCAGGAGAGUUAACUGCUGUAUACAAACAAAAUUCAUUUAUUAUUUUUUCAUUUUAAAACAAAAACCACUAACCGAUUCCAUUCAAACUUGUAAACCAAUUUUCCAAGAAAAGAUGGAUGGCGGUGGCGGCGAUGACGAUGAACCGCUAACCCCCGCCGGGAGGCUGUUCCUACAACCGGAGAUGAACCAAGUAAUCCACUGCGUCGUUGGUUUAAAGAACAAAGUCGACGUUGAAUCAAUUAUGACCGAAAUUCACAAGUCUCUUAUGCUUCAACAUCCACGAUUCACCAGUCUCAUGGUUCGUGACCACCGCGGCGUCGAGCACUGGCGUCCAACCAAAAUCAACCUCGACCGCCAUGUUCUCGUCUUCGAUAAUCCAGUCUCCGACGCCGUCGACGAUCAAUCGGCAAUCAGCGAGUAUAUAUCCGAUUUAUGCACCACACCGAAACUCAGCAUGGAUAAGCCACUCUGGGAGAUCCACAUCCUGAAAGCACACAAGUGCCUCAUAUUUCGAAUUCACCAUUCGCUUGGAGACGGAAUUUCACUCAUGUCAAUGCUUCUCGCAAGCUGUAGGAAGCGCGACGAUCCGGACGCGCUUCCGACGCUAUCUAUUCCUACUGUGAAAUCUCGCCGCAGUUUGUGGAAUCUUGUAACGGCCUUAUUCUUUUCUUUUAUAUAUGUGAUACAAUUUAUCUUCAGGUGUUUAUGGAUUCGUGACCGAAAAACCGCCAUUUCCGGUGGCGACGGUGUUGAACUCUGGCCGAGGAAGAUUGCCACGGCUCGUUUUUCGUUGGAAGAUAUGAAGACUGUGAAAAGUGCCGUUCCUAACGCGACCAUAAACGAUGUUCUAUUUGCAGUUAUAUCAUCCGGAAUAUCAAGAUACCUGGACUUUAGAGAACCCAAUGGGCUGCGAGACGGUGUUCAGCUAACAGGGUUAGCUAUGGUUAACUUGAGAAAGCAGCCAGGAUUGCAGGAACUGUCCAAUUUGAUGAAAAGCAAUUCUGGCGCAAAGUGGGGCAACAAAUUUGGUAUGAUCCUACUGCCUAUAUAUUACCACAGAAGCAAGAGUACAAAUCCUGUAGAAUAUUUGAAGAGAGCUAAAGUAAUGAUUGACCGAAAGAAAAAAUCUUUGGAGGCCCAUUUGUCAUACAAAAUUGGAGAUUUUGUAAUGUCCACUCUUGGUCCAAAGUUUGCUUGCUUGCUAAAUUAUAGGAUGCUCUGCCACACUACCUUUGCAUUCUCAAAUGUGGUUGGCCCUCAAGAAGAGAUUAUGAUUGCAGGCAAUCCAGUAACGUUCUUAAGGGCAAAUAAUUCUGCCUUGCCUCAUGCACUUGUUUUGCUUAUGGUGAGUUAUGCUGGAAAGGCAGACAUGCAAGUGCAGGUGGCCAAAGACAUCAUUCCGGAUCCUGAGUUUCUUGCCAAGUGCUUUGAAGAUGCAUUACUUGAAUUGAAGGAGUACGUUUCAGCCAAAAGUUGACAUUAGUAUUCGAGAAAUUGUAUGUGGGACAACAAAUGCUAACAGACAUGCAUGGCAAAGAUAUCACAGCCAUGAAUUAUACACACUUGUUCACGAGGAGUAAAAAUAAAAUUUUCUCAUAUAGUGAAUAAAGAGAGACCCCUAAACUAGAUGUGCUAUCUGAUGUACUGUUUUAUAUUAUAAAAAAUCAUCAAUUAUUAAUAGUAAGAAAACUGGUGCCUACAUAUACAACAUUUGAAAUCAUGUGAGAAGACUGAUGUGAAAAGACUGAUCAACAAUUUUGAAAA